UGUAAGCCACUAUUCUCUGGCAGUCUGUCGGAGGAGACCUGCACUGAUCUCUGCACUGGAGGAUGCACCUAUCUGAAGGAGGCUAUCACUGAGAAGCUUCACUUUUCAUCCUGACACCCCACAAGUAAUGAAUCUGUGAGAGGUCAAGCAGAGAAGCACACUUCAAAAUGGCAGACAAGGAUAGUGUUGAAAAAUACUUGGAGAAUAACCCUCAGUUCGCCAAAGAGUAUUUCGACAAGAAGGUCCGAUGCGAGGUCAUCACCGCCGCUUUUGCAGAGAACCUUGACAUCAAAGAUCCAGUUUCGUUCAAGGAUGUCAGCCAAAUCCAGGAGGCCAACAUCAUCUUUGACAUGAUCAAAGAAAUGCAUUCGCAGCCUAUAAUGGAAAAGGCCAUGCACAAGGUCCUGCAGAGGAUAUGUUUGCUAUUGAACGCUGACCGCUGCAGCUAUUUCAUUAACCGAGCGAGAAACGGCAUCCCUGAGCUUGUUACGUGUCUUUUUGAUGUCACCCCUACCUCAAAAUACGAGGCAAAUGUAGUCAACCCUCAAUCUGAAAUUGUGUUUCCUACUGACAUGGGCAUAGUUGGCCAAAUAGUGACCACCAAAAAACCAGCUAAUGUUCCGGAUGUCAAACAGAAUCCCAGAUUCAGUGAUUUUGUGGACAAACAGACAGGAUACACUACUAAAAACAUGCUUGCUGCCCCACUCAUGAACGGGAAAGACCCACUUGGUGUGGUCAUGGCAAUAAACAAAGUUGGAGGAAAUGAGUUCUCCAAAGCAGAUGAAGACCUCUUCAGCAAGUACAUCACUUUCGCCACAGUCAUUGCCCUACAGCAUUACACUUCAUACAUGUAUAACGUGGAGUCUAGAAGAAGCCAGGUUCUUCUAUGGUCUGCGAGCAAAGUGUUUGAAGAGUUGACGGAUAUUGAGCGACAGUUUCACAAGGCUCUGUACACUGUCAGGAUCUACCUCCAGUGUGAGAGGUACUCUGUUGGCCUUCUGGACAUGACCAAAGAAAAGGAGUUCUACGAUGAGUGGCCGAUUAAAUUGGGAGACGUUGAGCCAUACAAAGGCCCAAAGACACCUGAUGGCAGGGAAAUCAACUUCUACAAGAUCAUUGAUUAUCUCUUAGAAAACAAAGAAGAGAUCAAAGUCAUACCGACCCCUCCUGCAGACCACUGGGCACUUGUUAGCGGCCUCCCCACCUAUGUGGCCGAAAAUGGUUUUAUUUGUAACAUGAUGAAUGUUGCUGCUGAUGAGUACUUUACAUUCCAGAAAGAAGCUGUGGACGAGUCUGGUUUCCUCAUCAAAAAUGUCCUGUCCCUUCCCAUUGUCAACAAGAAAGAAGAAAUUGUGGGUGUUGCCACUUUCUUCAACCGGAAAGAUGGCAAGCCAUUCGAUGAGCAGGAUGAACAAAUUACUGAAGCCCUAACACAGUUCCUAGGAUGGUCUGUACUGAAUUGUGACACAUAUGACAAACUGAAUCGGACAGAGUGGAGAAGAGAGAUUGCAGCGGAAAUGGUCAUGUACCAGACCAAAGCCACCCCAGCUGAAGUCCAGCAGAUUCUGAACACGAAGGAGAAGUUUGACAUGAACCCUGAGGACUGCGAUCAGAAAGAAAUGUACAAACUCUUGAGAGCCAACAUUCCAGUAGCCAAAGAUGUCGAUCUGCUAGAAUUUAGUUUUAGCGACUUUCCUCUCUCUGAGGUUGACCUUAUCAAGUGUGGCAUUCGCUGUUUCUUUGAACUCGGAGUGGUAGAGAAGUUCAAAGUGCCAGCAGAGGUCCUGACAAGAUGGAUGUACACCGUACGAAAAGGUUACAGAGAUAUCACCUACCAUAACUGGAGGCACGGAUUUAACGUGGGCCAGACCAUGUUCUGUCUUCUGCAAACUGGAAAGCUGAGAAAAUACUACUCAGACCUUGAUGCCUUUGCGAUGGUAGCGGCUGCAUUCUGUCACGAUAUUGACCACAGGGGUACCAACAAUCUCUACCAGACAAAGAGCGCAUCACCACUGGCCAAGCUCCAUGGCUCCUCCAUAUUGGAAAGGCACCAUCUUGAUUACAGCAAGACAUUGAUGGCAGAAGAGAACGUUAACAUUUUCCAAAGUCUGCAGAAACGCCAGUUUGAGACAGUCCAGCACUUGCAUGAUGUCUGCAUCAUUGCGACAGACCUGGCCUUGUAUUUCAAAAAAAGGACCAUGUUCCAGAAGAUCGUGGAUGCCACCGAACCAAUGACUGAUGAGAAGGAAGCAAUUGCCUAUGUGGCCAACAAUCCCAUUAGGAAGGAAAUCAUUAUGGCAAUGAUGAUGACUGGAUGUGACUUGUCUGCCAUUACCAAGCCAUGGGAGGUCCAGAGCAAAGUGGCUCUUAUGGUGGCAGCUGAAUUCUGGGAGCAGGGAGAUCUGGAGAGGACUGUGCUAGACCAACAACCCAUUCCCAUGAUGGACAGGAACAAAUCAGAUGAACUUCCGAAGAUGCAGUGUGGUUUCAUUGACUUUGUGUGCUCAUUCGUGUACAAGGAAUUUUCAAGGUUCCACAAAGAGAUCACUCCCAUGUUUGAUGGCCUGAACAACAACAGGGUCCACUGGAAGGAAUUGGCUGAUAUUUACCAAGCAAAAGUAGAUGCUGUGGAGAAUGAACGAAAGCGACUAGAAGAAGAGCAGGCUAAAAAAGCUGGUGAGGAUGGAGAGGGAGGAAAGUCCAAAACCUGCACCAUAUUUUAAACAUCAUCUGACAAAAAUUCAGAGCCACAGAAAAGUCUGGGCCAGUAUGUAGAUGGAGGUGAAACGUGCUCCUAGGAUCACUACAUUUUCACCAGUUUUCUGACUCAUUUCCUCGGAUGUACCUUCUCCAAGUGAACACUUAGGCAUUCACCAGAAAUGGAAGAACUGUACCUGUCAGAUGUUCUUUCUGAUGGGGUACCAGCCUAGUGCACCAUAUAGACAAUUUCAAGCUUGAACCUAAUCAUUGAUUUCACCUUGACUGUAUCUUUUAACAACUAACUACGCUGGAGGAAGUACUGCAUAUGCAACUACUACAUUUGCCACAACAGUGGUGGCUGAAACACGACUCGACAAAUGUUUAAUGUGCUGUAGUUCACAAAGCUUACUCGGAGUAUGGCUUUUGAGUCCAUAACAGUUCUCAAGACUGUUGUAUAUCAUUCAAACAGCAAAACAUUAAGAAUUAGAGCAAAACGCUUGAACAACUUUCUUACCAGUUGCUAAUUUCUUAAAAUAUCAAACUCCCCGAUUUAUUCCAGAAUCGUGUGGUUUAGCUUCUCUGUUAAAUGAUCUAGAAACGUCUAAUUUGAUAAUUAGUCUUUUGAUGAAUUCACUAAAUCACACUGGUGAAGUGUGAUUUCUACACCCAAUGGGAAUUGCAAAAAUACUGUUUUCAAACAUGUUUCCUCAACACAACCCAAAUCUGUAAUUGGUCAAACAAACACCAUUGGUGUUGCUGUUGUCAGGUUGCUUAAUGUUUUAUCAGACCCAACAUUACACUUUUUUGGUAAAAUCAACUUAUAAAUGGCUUUCUUAUAGAUGUCUCUAUAUAUUAAACUGGGGUGAAAGCAUUUCAACAUUUCACGUUUAAAUUACUGAAAACUUAUUUUAAUAAAUAUCAGUUGCUUUAUUUAGGAUUAAAGGACCAACUCAUUUGAAUGAUAGCUUUUACAAGCUGAAUGCUAUUAGCAAGUGCUUUGUAAAAUGUACAAAGAACUCAUGCUACAAGUCUUGCACAAUGACUAUGAGUUGUUAAAAGUAAAGACGGCACGGCCAAGGCUCAAGAUCUUGUAACUUGCAGCGUUAACCGCUUGUUGCAUUUGCCUCUUCUUGUCGCAGAUGUGUUUGGAUGGAUACAACACAAGAAAUCCUUUCUACUUUUUUGUUCUUUAAAGAAGAUAAAGCUGAGAAUGUGAAAUGGCCAAUUCUGUGUCAACAGAAUAUGUGGAGUUGUGGAGAACAUUUAUGACCAGAACUUUGAUGUUUGUUCUUUUAAUCAUUUAAUGAUACCUAAUCAUCACACAUUGUUUUCAAACAUUAUGUAUUAUUGAAAGUAUUACAUAGAAUAUCAAUUGAUAACAUAGAGGUAUUUAUUUAUACCAAACAUUUAAAUUAUUUUAGUGGUAUUCUAUGGAGACUCAAGCAAGUCAUGGGAUAUUUAAAGAAAGUACACUAUGCCAUUACAAGGCAAGAGGGAACUGUCAGUACUUGAACAUGUAAACCUAUAAGGAGAUUUGAAGCGAGUUUGAUGGGAGAGCAGCUCCUUAGAUUCACUCCAUUUUAAUCUUUAAAUACCAUGCUUAUUUAAAGCAGACUACUGAAGCCUCUAGAUAUCUCCUCUAGCAGAAAGCACAAAACCAAUUCGUAAGGUCAAAGUCUCUUUUUCUGAUCUUUGGAGAAUUUGAUGACAGUGGUAACAUUUGAACUAAUGAAUGAACCACUGAUAUCACCUGAUAUCAAAAAUAGGUCAUUCUGCUUUAGGAAAAAUAACAGGCAUCAACAAAAUCAAGCAUAUAUAUAAUAACCUAUGGAGAACUGGAGUAAAUGCAUUGAAAAAAAUACAAUCUUAAGCAAUAUCCGCUUGUUAGAAAAAUCAGUUAAGGCCUUUAAUCCAAUAACAGGGGCCAUGGCAGUCUAAAUAUCUUCACUUUAAAUGUCAAACCCUCUAAAUCCCAGACAGAAGAGGCCAAAAGUGAGUAAAUCUCAUUUCAGGUUGAUGGUUUGCGCAUUUUGUUAGGCUUGUGUAUAAUAAUAUCUACUGUGUCAUUUGGAUUGAGUGUGCAUGGGACUGAUAUCCAAUCAUCUUAUUUACUGAAUACUACAGCACAUAUAUUGUAAAUGAUGUCACGUGAACAAAUAAACACAUUAUCUGAAUUUUU